GAAAUGCAAGCAAAUAAACAAGGAUAAAAAAAAAAAAGAGUUGAAGAGUGAAAAAAUGGCGAAGAACUCUGGGGUCUCAUCAGCAUCAUCGUCGUCCAUGGAAUUACUCUUGAUCGAAGACAUUGAUUUCGUCCAAGUCGAAGAACAGGGCCUUUCCCACUGGGAAUUGGUCAACGCCUCUGACGCUGACUCAGAAAAAGAACAAGAACAAGAACAAGAAGAGGAGGAAAUAGAAGAUAGCAUCGGAAAUGAAAUUGGUUCAUUGGGCUCCGAGAUCUCGUUGCCUGGUUAUCUAAACGAUGCCCAAAUCGAAACCCCUCGUGUAGAUAUUCACGAUUACGGUGGGGAUGUGAAAUACGAUGGCGGGUAUUACGGUUAUGGUUAUGGUGAUGGUGGGCAUGGGGAGGAACAGCAUGAGGAAGAGGAUGAGGAUGACGAUAAUGGGGAUGAUGGGUCUGGCUUGGACGACGAGCUUGUGCCGUGGGAUGUGAGCGACAAGGUCGGGAGGCAGAGGAUGAGGAAGUUGGGGAAGAGGGUGUUCUCCAAGAUGAACAACUCGAAGAGGUCGCCGUACCUGUUUUUGAGGCCUGGUUGCGUGCGUGGCAAGCAUGGUCUGGGCUUGAAGUACAAAUGCUAGUGAGGUAUUUGGGGAAAAUGGUGUUGGGUAACUAUUAGAUUCUGGUUUAGGUGUAAUUAGCGUAUUUGGGUUAAUUAGUUUGUUGCUUUUAGGGUAUGGUGCUUGCUUCGGCUUAGUAUAUGUGGUUGUUCUGUAAUUGACUUGUUAUCUUUCAUUUUCUAUAAAGAUCCUUACUUUUAGUGAACAACUUGAUUGUUUGGUAACAUUUGAGAGAUUUGGAGGAAAAUGGAAGAUUGGAAGGUUUGGAAGGCUGAAGUGAAAUCCCGUGUUUGGUAAUUUUUGUUAUUGGUGUUUGGUACACUUUGCUCCAGUGUUGUUUGCUUUCUUGUCAAUUGUUGAUACCUGAAGCAAUGAAAAAUUUGAUUUGUAUUUGAUUUAGAUGCUUAUUCCUAUAGCUGAGUAUUUGAUCAGAUCAUAUGUAUUCAUCUACGCCUGAAGAAACGGGAACUCAGUUUUGGAUUUUAAAAAUAGAGAGAUUUUAGAGUAUAUUAGGAGAUUUGAUUUAAGAGAUUUAUUUGUAAUUAUUGUUCUCUCUUACAAAUCAGAUUUGAUGUAUUGUGAAUUCAUCACGAAAUAAAAGCAGCCUUGCUUUA